AUGGACGAGGCUACAACUACCCCAAAGAGAUAUCCAGACCAGCAUGGAGGUUCAAAUUAUAGUUUUGCUAACAAUUCCACCAUUAUUACCCCAUUCAAAGAGCGAGCGCUGGAAGAGCAAAGAUUGAAGGAAGCUUUAUUACUGUCUGUCACACCAGGAUUGAAAAGACGGUUGGAAAUACAAGCUAGCAUUGAGCCACUACAUAAUGAUCCUUUUGAGAUUAGAUCAUAUCUUCGAGAUUUAAGCUCAGCAAUAAUUACUCAAGGCAGCAAAAACUUGUACAGUAAGUUAGACGAAGAACGGCAACACGAUAAAGAAGACGAGCUAAAUGAAGCCAUAUCUCCUGUUAAGUUGGAUCAGGACAGUAGUAUACUCAAGGAAACGUUUAAUGAGGAUUUGUUUGAACGAGAAACUCCGAGCCAGAAUAAUCUGCAAAAUGAGUCCUCUUCCCCACUGCCGUACAUUCCUCAUGACCAGAUUUUACCAUCACCAGAACUAGUUUCUCGAGAAUCUCAUUCUUCUCGGGACAAAAGUGCCAAGACAAGAACGCUAACUGAGCUUUUAAUGUCUCAAUUACCUACUAUUAGAAAAGGCCCUAAAAUACGAAAACUGGAACCUGUAAAUAUCAAAGAAGUGGAGGUGAAACAGAAAUCAACAGAAACUCUGAUAACCAAGAAACCAUUGGAAAAUCCAUUUAUUGAAAAUUCAAAUUUCCAGCAAAAGCCCAUAGAAGAUGAUAUGCCCGUUGAUAAUAUGUCAAUAAUAGAUGACAAUUCUAUUCAUGAAUCGGACAAUGAAAGAGAGUUACCUUUCCCCGAGUUUUCAAAGGCAUCUAUACCGACACAACUCCAUAGGAGCCCAGUAAUUAAAACGAGGCAUGCUUUGGAUGCUCCUAAUGACUCCAUUCUCAAUAUAAUACCCAACAAUUAUUUUAGCGAAGAUGAUGAUGACUCUAUAAUGUCCUAUGAACCCAAUAUUAAGCCAUUGAGCCAAUCAUUACUUCAUACUGCUCUUAAUGAUUUCUUAAAUGCAAGGAAUAUCAAACUGAGUAACAAAGAAUGGAAAAGGCUACAAUUAGAGUCUGUAGAUAUAAUGGGAGAUAUUAUUUCAAAUUUAAAUAAUUCCGAUGAUCAAAAUAGCAUUGACACCAUUCUAGAAAUAUCUGAAAAAUUGAAUGUUUCAUCUUCGAAGGACAUUUUCUUUCAGAAAUGUUGUAACUAUCUAAAUUUAGAACAAUUGAAUGAAUUAGAGAGAAUAUUAUAUACAGGUCUGUAA